CUGUUUAGACGUUAACAGGAAAACAAAAGUUCCAUAUUUAAGGAACUCAUUAACAAACUUAAUCUUCGCAUUCGAGAUCCGAACCUACUCUGAACAUUUAAAUUUUCUAAUCCUUUUCAUUCGAAAAUUUCCUGUUUACACACGGACAGACAGAGACUAUUCUCAAAAUUGGAAAAUUGCAGAUAUUGUGACAAAAUGAAAUAGCGCUUUAAAAGAUAUCCUAAAUUGGAAAAGACUUCUUCAUUUGGUAGUCUUCCAUUAUGGAUUAUUUGAAAUACUCUCAUUAUUUCUCUUUGCCAACCCAAGGGAAUAUUUAUUCCAUGGCAAACUUGGAAUUAGCUAAUGGCACUUCUAAGCUCCUAGUGGCUUCAUUGAAAAGAGAAAUAUUUUGUUUUGAAUACAUCGAUGGCCCAAAGGAUCAGUUGAUUCCUACUGCUAGGGAGGUAUCUUUUACUUACAUUCCAACUGGUGCUGAGAUAAUAUCAAUAGAUGCUUAUAAUAAGUCUUCAAAUAAUAACGAAUUUGUUGUUGGUAUAACAAUAAUAAAGAACAGUAAUGAUUCUGAUGCUUUGGAAACUUAUCUCAAUAUAUACUCUGGCUGGGAAGCAUCUGAUGAUUUCAACAUUGAAAAUAUAGCCCAAAAUUGUCAGAACGUAGAACUUAAUUUCAUACCAUAUAGAUUAAUACAUACUGAUUACAUCCAAUGGAAUGAUGAAGAUGUAAUUUUGAAAGAGAAAGUAUUUUUACUCUCAGGGAGCGAUAAUCUUAUUCAUGUUUUUCGAGAAGGCUUGGAUCAUUUAUUCAAAGAAAUGGAAGCUAAAGAAUAUUUUCCUGAAUUGAUGAAGACUCCUAGUCCGGUUGUUUGGAUGGACUUAUUAUAUGUGAAUAAUAAAUCGGAGAGAUUGUUUGUUACUGGAUGUGAAUGUGGUUAUCUUAGAUUGGUCAAGGUAUGCACAAAAACAAAAAAAAUCAUGUUCAAUUUCUCUACACGAUUAGACAACUAUAUUUCCAAUGUAAAAUUGUACACAUGUGGAAAUGAUGUAAAUAUGAUUGUAAUAAGCAGUGUUCUAAGUCCUAUUGUUUUUAACAAUGUUAUGAAAUAUGGCUUGAGUAAUUAUAUAUCACUGCCAAGAAAUAGUUCUACAACACUUCUAACUUGCUGUGAUGUUAUUGAUAUUGAUUUAGAUGGUCAAUUGGAGAUUCUUGUUGGGAGCAGUGCCAAGGAAAUCAUUCUGUAUAAACAAUACGAUGACCAUAAAUGGAUACUUGAUGACGUAAAGAAGGUAUCCUCGCCAAUAUUUGGCAUUAAACAUGUAGAUAUUACAGGAGAUGCCGUCAAAGAAAUGAUAGUAUUUUCUAUGAAAGGUGUUCACAUAUUUCAGCAAGAUCCUGAUUAUGUACAAAUGAUUUUAAAUGAGAAGAUAACUGAACUGAGAAGGAAAGAUGUGGCCAGAAUAAAAGAUAUGAUGUGAUUUAUAGUAGAUCAAUGUGCAUUUAUUUUAUGAACUUUAUACCUGAAGAUGCCAUUUUUAAAAUAAAAAGAGAUAUGGUUAUGUUAA